UGUUCAUACGCUUGGAGGAGAUGACUCCCAAGCCUCCCUGGACCUUAGGCUUGCAGAUCUCAAACCAUUUGACCAUAUGGUACUUCUGUUUAUUGUUCUCUCCCGCCCAGAAGACCAUUAGGGAACGGAGGCCAAAGAUGACAACCACCAUCUUCAUAAAGAUUAUGUGGCUCGCAUUUCUCGAGCCGGUGCUCGACCAGAACCUGUAUUUCAUGGGCGCGAAGCUGACCUCGGCGGGGUUCGCGACGGCGCUCCUCAACACACUCCCGGCCGUCACCUUCGUGCUGGCCCUCAUCCUGCGCAUGGAGAAGGUGCGGCUGCGGAGCCUGCACAGCCAGGCCAAGAUCGCUGGCACAGUCCUCGCGGUGGCCGGCGCCGUGCUGAUGGUUCUGUACCACGGCCCUGUCGUGCGGUUCCCGUGGACUAGUGGCCAUCACCAUGCCACCAUCGGUGGCCAGGUCGCCGCCGCGCGGGACUGGCUGAUCGGGACCGUAAUGCUCAUCGCCUCCUGCAUGAUCUGGCCGGGCUUCUUCAUCCUCCAGGCCAACACGCUCGGGAGCUACCCGGCGGAGCUGUCUCUCACGGCGCUCAUCUGCGGUAUGGGCUCGCUGAUGAGCGGCGCCGUCGCCCUCGUUGCUGAGCGCGCCGACACCCAGGUCUGGGUUGUCGGCUUCGAUAGCCGCCUCUUGACCGUCGUCUACGCCGGCAUAGUGUGCUCCGGCGUGGCGUACUACUUGCAGGGCGUCGUGUCAAGGCAAAGGGGCCCGGUGUUCGUGACGGCCUUCAGCCCGUUCAGCAUGAUCAUAACCGCCGUCAUGGGCUCCAUCAUUCUCAAAGAGGAGAUCACUCUCGGAAGUGUGAUUGGUGCAGUGAUCAUCGUGACAGGCCUCUACUUUAUCAUCUGGGGCAAGAGCAAGGACGACAUCAGCCCCAGUCAAGUCUCCGACGUCAGCGUCAAGGGAGCCGGUGAACUGCCCUUAACCUCGGUGACCAACGGCCACGGCAAGCAGUACGAGCUCGGCAACGGCAACGGCAACGGCGGCCAUGUCGACGUCGAGACGCCCACGACCAAUGGGCACUACUAGCCAAGGGAUCGUGCUAUAGUACGUCCUUUAGUUGUCCAUCUAGCUUUUCCCCUUGUACUGCAUAGUCCAUCGAUCGAUCAUGCAUGGAGACGAUUUUUCUCUCUCUACUUUCUUCUUGCCAGCUUCUCCGUAGCUACGAUCUUAUCAUGUGACUAUGUGAGAGUAAGUAAGUGCUGCUUAUAGCAUUUCCCGUGAUGGUUAUACUGGAUGCUGCCAGACAUCUCCAACGCUGACCCUUAAAAUGGACAAUAUUUGUCCAUGAACCGGUAGGAAUCAGUCCGUGAACGGUAAUGCAGGAGAUGGUCAUUCAACCA